ACUGCACUGGCGGCUGAGUAACCAAGAAGCGCAAAGCGGAGGUGUUUCCCCAUGAAGGCAUCUGGUUGAGGAACUGGCUGGGCUGACAGCCCCUGGUGUUCUCUGUUUCAGAAGUCAACAUGGCUCAGGUUCCUGACCUCUUUGAAGACCUGAAGAACUGCUACAGUGAAAAUGAAGAAUACAGUUCCAAAAUCGACCAACUCUCUCUGAAUCAGAAAUCCUUCUAUGAUGCAUACUACGACACACUUCCCAAGGACCGCACGGAUCAAUUCCUGUCUCUGAGUACCUCCGAGACCUCUAAGACAUCCCAGCUUACCUACAAGGAGAGUAUGGUGGUGGUGUCAGCCAGUGGGAAGAUUCUGAAGAAGAGACGAUUGAGUUUCAAUCAGUUCAUUACCAAUGAUGACCUGGAAACCAUUGCCAAUGAUCCGGAAGAAGAAAUCCUCCAGCCCACAUCAGUUCCUUACAGCUUCCAGGGUAAUGUGAGUUACCCCUUCAUGAGGGUCCUCAAAAGACAUUUCAUCCUGAAUGACAGCCUCCAUCAAAGCAUCAUUCGAGACACAUCGGGCCGUUUCCUCGUGGCUGCCACAUUACAUGAUGGGGACCAAGCAGUGAAAUUUGAUAUGGGUGGUUAUAAAUCAGAUGAUCUUAAAUUUCCUGUGACUCUAAGAAUCUCAGACACACGACUGUUUUUGAGUGCGCAAAAAGAAGGCGAACCCGUAUUGCUAAAGGAGAUGCCUGAGACACCCAAAACCAUCACAGACGAAACCAACCUCCUCUUCUUCUGGGAAAGUAAAGGCUCUAUGGACUACUUUGAGUCAGUUGCCCAUCCAAAGUUAUUUAUUGCCACAAAGGAAGAAUACCAGGUGCACAUGGCAAGUGGGCAUCCCUCUAUCAUUGACCUUCAGAUACUGGAAAACUAAUAGCCUUGACUCUGGAGUCUACUUACUUGUGAAAUGUUGACAGUCCAUUUGUACCAUGUACAUGAGGCAGUCAAUACCUUUACUCUUAGUCACUUGCUGAGCAUGUGCUAAGCCUUUGUAAUUCUAAAUGAAUGUUUACUCUCUUUGUAAGAGAGGGAGUAAGAUCUAGGGGACCAAAACUAA